GCACGCGCGAUGCACGUGCUUAUGAUAUAGUAAUGCUUCAUUCAUUUUCUGUUGAUCACAGUCUAAUAAUAGAAUUCCAAAAAUCAGACGAUAUUAAUAUUAAAAAAUCAAAUAAAAUAUUUAAAAAAUCGAAAUACGAAAGUCCACACUGUAUCUAUAGCUGCUUGUAAUCUAUUGCAGUUUAGGAGUAAUAGCAACUCUGUAGUGAAAUCAUGACUCAAAGAUCGAAUUCCGUAGACAUUCAGGAUCUACAAGAUAUACAAACACCCUUUGGAGUACCAUUAUCAGGAAUCUAUAAAAAGAGUUUUGCCUAUAUUACACUUAAAGAUAGAUUACCAGUAAUUUUAACUAAAAUAAUUGAUACUCUGAGUCGAAACAAGGAAAAUAUUGUUGAGAAAUAUGGAGAGAAUGCAGUAGAAGAAGUUAAACAAAUAAUGGGAUUUAUCAGUAAAUUAAAGAAUGAAAUAGGAACAAAUAAAACUUUGAAACCUCUACGAUUACUACCUGAUAGUAAAGACAAUGAUGCUGAAGAAUGGAAUAAAUAUUUAAUAAAAAGAACCGAGAUAGAGGGAGGAACACCAACAUGGUUCAAUACUACUUGGCUAUAUUGUGAAUGCUAUAUGUAUCGGGCACUUGCACAAGAAAUUGCCCUGUUGAAAUUUAUGAAAAAUUAUGAUCCCUUCGAACAGCAAAAACAAAGCGCAUUUAUAAAUUCAUUAAGUAGCGUAGAAGUACUUUCUGCUUAUACUAUGAACCUCAUACAUAAAGUAGAAAAUCUAUCAAUAGUUGAAACCAAAGAAGAACUUUUUAAAUUUCUUAAAUCUAAUCUUUGGGGUAACAAAUGUGAUUUAUCAUUAAGUGCAGGAGCAGAAGUUAGUCAGAGUAGUAAUCCUAUAGAAGUGUUAAAAUCAUUAGAUAAAAAUAUUCUUGUAAAUAAUUUAGAUUUCGUUUGGAAUUUACUACAAAAGAAAGACAGUAAUGAUAUAAAUAUCAUAGAUAUAAUACUUGAUAAUGCAGGAUAUGAAUUUUUUACUGAUUUAUGCUUAGCUGCAUUCUUAAUUGCAACUAAACUUGCUGAAAAGAUCAGGUUUUAUGUAAAACAUUAUCCAUGGUAUGUCAGUGAUACAACAACAAAUGAUUUUAACUGGACUCUAACAUACAUGCAAAAUUCACCAAAUGAAAGUAUACAAGAAUUAGCUAAUUACUUGAAAAAUAACGUAUGGACUAUUGAGGAAGAACUAUAUUGGACAAGUCCUUAUGACUUUGCAGAAAUGAAAGAACAUGACCCAACAUUAUAUGCAAAAUUAUCAGAAGCUAAAUUAGCAAUAUUCAAAGGUGAUUUAAACUAUAGAAAAUUAUUGGGUGAUAUAAAUUGGGAAUACACAACAGAAUUUAAACAAUCAUUAAGAGGAUUUUAUCCUACACAUAUCUUAAGUUUGAGAACAGUAAAAUCUGAUGUUUGUGUUGGUCUAGUACCUGGUAUAGCAGAAGAAUUAUUCAAAAAAGAUGAAAAUUGGAUGUUUACAGGAGAAUAUGGACUUAUCCAAACUACAAUAGCUGGAACUUGUCAAUGUUCUAGUAAAAUAUGUUAAAAUUCUAUGAACCAUCAGAUAUUAGAAACAUUGAAUUAUAAGCAAAUUUCAAUGUGUUGCAUAUAUUUUGUAUUAAAUGUGUACUAUUCACAAUUCUAUUGCAUUUCAACUACUGUAUAUUCAAUGUACAUAAUUGAUUGUACAUAUAUGUGUAUAGUUUAUCAAUUUAUACCUAUAAGUGUUACAUAUACAAUUUAAUUGU